AUGAACUCGACCACAGGGCUUAAACAGGCUCAUGCGAACGACGAUGCCAUGACAGCAGGGAAAGAGAGUACGGCCACGAAAUGGGCUCAAUUUGCAUUGGGUGAUGGCGAUUGUCAGCUCGAAAUCAAUCGAACUAUAGAAGCACAGGGCAAACGACGGCGAAUUCCGACAGAUACAGCGGGUGAGGCCGAGACGGCCGACAAUGCGACUGGCUUGGAAGAGACAAAGAGGCCGGGACAUGAUGCUCGACUUGGAGAUACGGGUGCUGUGGAUGAGCGAGGAUCGAAGGAAAAGGAGCACGACAAUCUGGUGAUCAAGUAUCUGAAUGAUACAAGACGCGACAGCCGAUUGACUCAGGUGGCAGUCAAGGAAUGGAUGAUUGUGAACGGGUUACGUCCGAGAUGGGCGUACAGAACGGGCUAUCUAAGAAAUGACGUGAGAGUUCGGAGAUACGAUGGAGAAUUUCUCUGGAGUGUUCGGCUGGAGGACGCAGGGCACAAGGCGAUGGUGGAGCUAGAGGGGAUUUUCAGUGCUAAAGGAAAGCCUUGCGUGGCGUACGUGCGGAUGGAUCGGGUGCGACGCACAAAGAAAUUGCAGCUGGAAGGAGGGCAAGACGAGCAGAAGGAUGAAGACGACAUGUACCUUCGUCGAGUCCUUGUCGGGCUGGGGUUGCAGCAAGACAAGCAAGCCUUGGCGGAACGGGAACCGUGUACGGCAGCGCGUUCCGUUUACCUGGUUGUGGUACCACGAGGUACGCCAUCUGUGUUGCGACUGUAUUCGGGGAGCGUGUCGAGGCGAAUGCUGAACCAGGCUGCGGGGAAGAGGGCUGGAGAGAGGUUGGGGUUGCGGCGGCAGGCUUUGUUGCGACCCGACCAUAACUCUCCACCAGCAGGAAGCGUUCGUGGAGUUGACCUUGGAUACGAGGAGAUAGACCUAACGGAGGUGAACGCGGCAGGAGCCCUUUUCCGAGGGUUUUUCGUUAAACAUGGCCUCGUGGCACGCAGUACCCCGAGCGGCCAGGAAAGGAUCACAAGUUCAACCACCGAGUAG